CCCGCGCAGGAGAAGCGAGCCUGCCAUGGCGUCCGCCUUGGGUGGCGUCCUCCUUUUGAGAGCCCAGGUGGAGGAAGACGAGGACCCCCUUCUGCAUUGCUUCCCAGACACCGCAGGCGAUCUGCAGCGCGCCGCACGGUUGAAAGGCUUGUUUCUCGCUCUUGCAGCACUGACCAAGACGCUCGCCGGGGCAAAUGUUCGGAUUGCCUCUCUUUCCUCGAAACAAACGUACAACCAGUCCCAAGCGAAGCCUGCCCAGGUGACUGAGGGCGGUAUCAAAGCGGCGUAUGCGCAGUUAGGAAGGAUCGUCAUGGUUGUCCUUCUGCCUAGCUUUCUGCUCGAUGCCGCAGCUCUAAGCCUAGCUCAGAGUCUCCAGUCCAGCCUUCGCUUCAUCCUCGGUCCCACAGCACGCUGGAUGGAGCACGACAGCAAAUGUUUCACCACAGACGUCACUGCAAAGCUCACACCCCUUCUCCAAAGCUGGUUCGAUCGCUUGCACAAUCCUGGAGGGGAACAUGAAUCCCCGCAGCUCAUGCUCUCGUUGCCCGGCGCUGUUCCUUUCUUUGAGGUCAGCUCAGAGAUUCAUGCCAAACUAGUUGAGGCGGUGAGCAAGGCAGAGACAGCGGGGGGCACCCUACAUGAGCGGUGCCUGAGGAAAGUUGGCUGGUUGGACUAUCGGGAGGCGUGCUUGAUCCACCGAGGGCUGGUUGUUUACACUGACAUGGCCCCUGAGGACACGGCGAGCUGUUCGGAGCUUUGCCAACGGGAAGGCUUGCUGUGUCGGAGUAAAGGUCAAGGGCAGCAUAUUUCAUUCCACGACGUGUAUGUGGGACCUGACGAAGACGCUCUUUCGACCAGAAGCUUUGGGGAAGGUGCUGACACGUUAGGAAAAGGGAACGCGAUGGGGAAGCGAGCGUUGCUGGUGGUAGGCUUGGAGCCCAGUCUGCUGUGUCUGCUACUGCAGCCAGAGUCGAGUAGUGUGCGCGCAGAGCAGUUAGCUGAAUCUCCCGAGCUGGACGCUGCAGUGAGCCAGUUGCUGGCUCUCUCUCAGAGUGGCACUCUUGAUCACUUGGAUGACGUGUUGGACGACAUGCGCAAUGGCAACGGGCCCAGUAACACGGGUGCGGAAAGCGGAACGGAACGAUUGAGCUACAUUCCGCAAACUGGCUUCCUUACUAGAAGAGGCUCGGGCCAGCGGCGCUUUCAGACCUUUGCAGCGGCCCUCCGUCAGAGGCUGCUUCUGACACAGCUUGCCGGUGUGUCUCCUGUCGACAAGCCUCAUGGCCAACUCGAGAAGCUGCCGCCUGCAAUCGGUGUCGUCACUCGCCAGGUGGAAGCCGAGUUGAGCGCGCGCUUCGAAAAAGCCACCGUACUGGCGCCUUCAAAGAAAGCAAAGCGACCGGUAGCGGAGAAGCGGGAUUUGUACUGGAUCACGGGGCGCAUCGACGGCGAUGAGCUGACGGGGCUUAUGCCUACAACCACCAACAUCCGCUGUGAUGUGUGGAAGGAAGGACGAGCAUUUGCUGCAAAGCGGGUGGUUGCGGUUGCUAUUGCCCCGUAA